AUGCCCUCCCCAGACCCAGAAGAUGCAUCGCCCUCGCCCGAGUACAGUGGCCCCGAAGGGAGUGAGAACGGCGACUUCGACAUGACGGCCGAGCAGAAGACGGAGCCGCGCUCUGGCGACCAUUCCCCAGAGAGGAAGCCCAACGGCACCGCAAAGUCAAAUGCAAAGGACCCUACGCGACCCCGCCGCAAGAAAGCCCGCCGCGCCUGCUUUGCCUGCCAGCGUGCCCAUCUGACCUGUGGUGAAGACCAUCUCUACCAAGACUGCGUACUGAAAGCGCCAGGCGACGAACGGCCGUGCCAGCGCUGUAUCAAGCGCGGUCUGCAGGACCACUGUAUGGAUGGUGUGCGCAAGAAGGCCAAGUACCUUCAUGAUGCACCAGACGGAGCCCUCAUGCCUGGCGUGGGCGGCCACUAUCCUCACAUGAACGGCAACCGUCCCGUCCCAGUUCCUACCCACAGCCAGGAAGCAGUGGCUGUGGCCCAGCAAGGAGGCUACUUUACACAAGCGCCUCCUGCCACCUAUUACACCCAGAAUACUAGCCCAAAUCAAGCUGUACCGGUGCAAGACCCAUCUUACAACAAUCCUCAAGCUCCCAUGUCGCCUCAGUACGCCCACAACACCCAAGCUGUAAUGGCUGCUGCUCCUGCACCGGUCUCGCAAGGCACACCCUCCCAAAUGCCGCAAUUUGGCGGUCCUCUCUUCGAUCCUAGUGAUCCGGCGCUGUUCAAUUUUGACAUCUCAAGCCUGAACUUUGGGAACCAUUAUGGCGCUUUGGAGCUUGGGAUGCUCGGCCACAUGUCAUCAGCCGCUGCAGACGUGCCGACCAAUGACAACCCUUUGAACCAGGCCGCACAUGUGUACGGUCCAAUUGGCUCUGCGCCAUACGCUGACCCUCACGGUUUGCCCGCCCAUGUAUCGUUCAGUCAAGACCCAGCGGAAUGGCAGAAUCCGCACUCACGACAUGGUAGCCUUCAAGUCCACACACCAAACAACACCCCCGUCACUAUAGAUCGACACGACAGCCACACCGGGCCCAUGGCUUACGCGAUUGGCCAAGGCGGGCCCUCGAGCUUAUCGAGCGCUAGCCCUGCAUCCACGGAUUACAAUACCGGCUAUGACAACGAUAACCCUAUGUCUGCCGCGACAUUCUUUGCAAACCCGAAUCAGUCGCAGUUACGGGGCUCUCCUACGGCACAUCGUCCGCACCAAGAGAACCGUCCCCCUGGAGGGCCGCUAUACCAAAUGUAUCCUAAUGCAGGACGAAAGCGACAAUCUAAACUCAUCUACGAGAAGGUCACUAAGCCUUACAAUUACCCAUCUGCGCAUCAUCGCUUAGUCGUUGCAUGCAGCAGAAGGUUCUCCAGGAAAAACCAGGAUAGUGUUCGGACGUCUCUUGGUCUCUUCAGGCCUUCUCUGUUGAUCAACGCUUCUCAUCUUGACAGCGACGAUCUCAUUCAUGCAGAAAAGAACUUGCAGCGCUCUUUGAUAUCCAUGCUCGAAUGUUUCGGCGAGGUGGGUACGCCAUCUCUGAUCGUGCGUCGCACGGGCGAAGUUGUGGGCACGAAUAAAGAGUUUGAAAUUCUGACCGGCUGGAAAAGAGAAGUGCUGCUAGGGACAGAGCCCAAUCUGAACGCAAACUUGGGCAGCAGUCAACAGCGCUCUAACGAGAGCGGACUGUCCAGUCAAAGUAGCACCACGCCCACUCUACCAGGCCAAGAGCAUGAGGCGGGUCCGUACCCUGUCAAUAUUGUUGAACUUUUGGAUGAGCCCUCGGCGGUAGAAUAUUUGGCGGAUUUUGCAAAUCUUGCAACGGCUGAUCCGCUGGGCAGAGGCCACCGUCGCGUCAACUUCCUGCGUUAUCAGACCAAUGACGACCUGGUGCGUGAGGCGGAGCGACCCCGGAGAACGAAUGGCGACAGGCUCAAGCACGAGCCGCUUGUGAAACAGGAAGACGGCACCAUCCACCGUGGAGAAGCGAUGAAGAGUCUAGGCGCGCACAACGGGCUCAUUGAUAGCAUGAUUAUGUGGCAUAUCAAGAGGGAUAACUUUGAUAUGCCCAUGUUGGUCGCAUUCCAGAUUAUGCCUGUUCUGAGCGCAACACAGUAG